UGAAGACAUGAGUGAGGAUAGUGGUGAGACAUCUCAGGAGAGAGCACCAAUCAUUGUGUCUCCAAGGCGUACGGGGAGCAGCUUAGGUGGGGGGAUUAGCGAUCACAGCAGCGGCUCUUCUGCCUCCUACGUGCCUGAGUCCACCCCUGCCCGGUCCAGUGUCAAAAGCGUUAUUGUACGGGUGGGGUCUUCUACAGUUGCCAAUGCGUUUAAAUCUGAGGUUGCCUCAUCAUCGUCACUGUCGUCAAGCCUGUCAGCCACCGCUGCUUCCACCCCUUGCACACCCUCCUCAAGCCUAGGGGGUAGAGGUGGUGCAGACCUACUUGUGGUGCCGCUAGAUGGAAGAACCAGCAGGGGUUCAGAGAUGGGCCUUCAUGCACCCCAUGAUGUGUCUGCUAAUGUUACCAUCGAUACCACGCAUGAUCAGAUGAGACCUGCUCUCUUAAGAAGUGGAGUUUCCCAAGAUCUUCUGCUUGGACGUUGGAGACUGACCCUAGAGCUGUUUGGUAGAGUCUUCAUAGAUGAUGUUGGAGCUGAACCAGGCUCUAUCAUUGCCCAGCUAGGAGGAUUCCCAGUCAAAGAAGCCAAAUUUAGACGGGAAAUGGAAAAGUUGAGAAAUUGCCAGCAGCGUGAUUUGAAUCUGACAAAGAUCGACCGUGAGAGAGGACAGUUGAUCACCCAGACAUUCAAGGAACUCAACACUCAGUACAACAACUAUCACCGUCGAGGAACACAGUCAUCACCACCCUUGGCUGUUAACCGAGUUAAAGUGACAUUCCGUGAUGAGCCAGGGGAAGGCUCUGGUGUUGCUAGAUCAUUUUACACAGCCAUUGCAGAGGCCCUGUUGUCAGGGGAGAAACUCCCGAGCCUGGAAUCUUGCCAGGUGAGGCCAAAAGAAGUUGGAUUGCCUGUAGUUCGGUAUAGUCUAUAUGGUCAGUACAAGGGGCGAGACAGAGAUCGUCGCCAGGGAGCCUCGUCAUCAAGGUCAUUGCAGAGAAGAGAUGCCCGCAAGACGCUCUCUGUAGAUGCGCGACCCUUCUACAUGACGGGCGAGGGCAGUAGUAAUGAACACUUACCAUCAAAUAUGCUACAGAUUGGUGAAGCCUUGUUCCCAAAGGUGCAGAGUCUUAGACCAUCUUUGGCAAGCAAGAUCACAGGGAUGCUUCUAGAACUGACACAUGCUCAGUUGCUCCUUCUGUCUGCAAGCGAAGAUGCCCUGCGCCAGAAAGUAGACGAGGCAGUGGAUCUUAUCCUUGCUCAGGGUCGUGACCACACACCAGAAUAUUCUCCAUCCCAUCAAGAUACAGAUGAAGGUGGGGAGGAACCUGAGGAUGCAAGUGCUCCUUUCUACCAGCCAGGGAAAAGAGGAUUCUACUCUCCUCGCCAGGGUCGCCCAACUCCCGAGAGACUUAAUGCCUUCCGCAAUGUUGGCAGGUUACUUGGGUUAUGCCUGUUGCAGAAUGAAUUGUGCCCAAUCUACCUAAACCGCCAUGUCCUCAAGUACAUCCUAGGACGCCCCAUUCGUUUCCAUGACUUGUUUUUUGACCCUGUCAUGUAUGAAAGCUUGCGAAAGCUGGUGCUGGAUGCAGAGAACAAAGACACCGGAGCUGAUGUGUUCAAAGCUCUGGACCUUACCUUCAGCAUUGAUGUAAUUCCUGAAGAAGGUGGCACAAAUAUAGAACUGAUUAGUGGUGGCAGAAAUGUGGAGGUGACAACAGCUAAUGUAUAUGACUAUGUCCGCAAGUAUGCAGAGUAUCGCAUGGUAAAAUCUGAAGAGAAGGCCCUACAGAAUAUUCGUGAUGGUGUAUUCGAUGUAAUCCCAGGAGGAUCCCUAGAUUCCCUAACAGCUGAAGACCUGAGGCUGUUGUUAAAUGGGGUUGGGGACAUCAAUGUAGCUACACUUAUAUCCUAUACGUCUUUCAAUGAUGAGAGUGCGGAAUCAUCAGACCGUCUUCACAAGUUCAAACGGUGGCUAUGGUCUAUAGUUGAGAAAAUGACAAACCAGGAAAAGCAGGACUUGGUAUACUUCUGGACCGGUUCUCCUGCUCUGCCCGCCUCAGAAGAAGGAUUCCAGCCAAUGCCAUCUGUCACUAUCAGACCAGCUGACGACUCGCAUCUACCUACAGCAAACACUUGCAUUAGCCGCCUAUAUAUUCCUUUGUAUUCUACUCGUGCUAUUUUGCGAUCUAAACUGUUGUUAGCCAUCAAGACUAAAAACUUUGGCUUUGUGUGAGUGUAACCCAAGAAGCUUAAAAUUUGUGGCAGACUUUGAACCAUGUUGAAUUAUAAUAAAGCAGUUAGUGACUAAUGAACGUCUAAGGGAACAUGAAUUGUGUAUGGUGACUGCAAGCGAGACAGAUGGAGUCGAGUGAGCAAAUAAACAAGAUGAUUUUGGGAGUGCUGGUCAUAUGGCAUAGGAAUUUGAAAAUUCUUUGGCUUACUAGUGUUGUGCCUGUACGAAAGAACUAUUAUUUUGUGUGAUUGGAAUCUGUGGCCUCCAGGUUUGGCUGGCUAGACUUAAAUCUUGUGUGCAUUCCCUGAUUUCAAAUAAAUGAAAUUCAUAUUCAGCUAUUUGAAAUGAUGUGAAAAAUAGUUUCCUUAAAAGCUAUUAUCUGGUUAUUGUUAAAGUGUGUAAGCAGUGUGUAUUGAAAUAAAAAAAAGAAGAAAUUCCAUUGUUGUACAAUAGCCAAGUAGAUAUGAGUAAAAUCUUGACCAGCUUC